UGCUGUGAAUGAUCGGUGAGAAGUGUAGUUCAGAUUGUCACCAACAAAGAUAGUCAGUCAAAGCCCCGUUCGUUUCGAUGCUGUCAAUGUCAACAUUUCGAGAAAAUAUAACAGGAUUUCCCCAUUUCCUUCCUUUUUAAUUCCUGACUCCAAGACGCAUAGUAUUUUUGCGAGAAGACAGCGUUAAUGUUUUGACAGCAGAAGAAUAGAGAGAUACGCCGACAUUGGUACAAAGAUGAUAAAGAAGCUAAAUUGAAAUGGAGCAGCACAUCAUAUUUCCACAUAUCUUCUCAGCCCCACUCAAGAUGUAACCAGACAUAGUGAUAAUUUUGAUGCGGAUGCAAAAUGACCUCCUUAAUUGCCAAUUAAGUUAGAAGAUAUUUUAGUUAAUAUAGAAAAAGGAAUAUGCCAACUGCGCCAUCUCAUAAAUCAGAAGAAAUUCAGGGUGACCGAUUGUCCAUUAUUCUCAUAUAUUUCCUGUUAUUUUUGACUGUCCUUUUGUCUCGUAUUUCCAGAACAGCCUGUGAACCGGGAGUUUCAGAAGGAUGAUUUGGGUAGGACUGAGUGGGUCAGCUGAAGCGUAAUAAAUGACACUGAGCUGUGAUUUGCUGGAUUACCGCGUUGAAAAUCCAAGGCAGUCCUUUUUAAUACGGUGAAGCAACAGACCCAACAAGUGACCGUAGUGGAUUAAACAACUCUAUUUACAUUGGUGCAGGAGCAGACGGCCCCUCAAACCCGCUCCGCCAUUCAGUCAGACCAUGGCUGAACUGGAUUGAGAAUUGCACCGGGAACCGUGGUUAAAAGGACGGGAUGUCAUACCCCAAUGGUGCGUCGGUUGGAUUACCCAUGUACAAUCUCCAGGAUCAAGUGCAAAGCUCAAAUUCCCAACUGUUGACCGUCAAUGGGCACAGACAUUCUCCGGCGUUUUUGGGAGUGGGAGAGGAUGCGGUUGACACUGGCUAUUCUCCGGUUUCACUUGAGCAGGAAGAAGUCAUGGUUAAUAAUGGAUCAAGUAUUCCUGACAAUCCGGAGGCGGAUACGCCAGAUUCAACCCUUCCGAUAAAUAGCGCAUCCAUGGCCGGCUCGGAGUCCCGCAAAAACAGCUUGUCCACUCGGUUUUACCAUCCUUACAUGACCAAAACUAGCAUGCAGGGAGAUGUUUACAACUUCUUGGAAAGACCCAGCGGCUGGAAGUGCUUUCUGUAUCAUUUCGCUGUGUUCUUGAUGGUGUUGAUUUGUUUGAUCUUCAGUGUACUAUCUACCAUUGAUCAUUAUGCUGAUUUUGCAACUGGAACUCUGUUUUGGAUGGAAAUUGUGUUAGUAGUUUUUUUUGGUGCUGAAUAUAUGGUACGAUUGUGGUCUGCAGGCUGCAGAAGUAAAUAUGUUGGUGUUAAAGGAAGGAUCCGGUUUGCCAGGAAACCUAUUUCCAUUAUAGAUCUGAUUGUAGUGAUUGCAUCCAUUAUAGUGCUCAGUGUCGGAUCAAAUGGUCAGGUGUUUGCCACAUCUGCCAUCAGGGGUAUUCGUUUCCUUCAGAUCUUACGGAUGCUGCAUGUGGAUCGACAGGGUGGCACUUGGAGACUUUUAGGAUCUGUCGUUUUCAUUCAUCGUCAGGAACUCAUAACAACACUAUACAUAGGUUUUCUGGGUCUGAUCUUCUCCUCCUAUUUUGUAUAUCUGGCUGAGAAGGAUGCAGUAGAUGAAAAGGGAAAGACUGGGUUUGGCAGUUAUGCUGAUGCAUUGUGGUGGGGUGUGGUCACAGUUACAACAAUUGGAUAUGGUGACAAAGUCCCACAGACGUGGAUUGGAAAGACAAUAGCAUCUUGCUUCUCUGUUUUUGCUAUAUCUUUCUUUGCGCUUCCAGCAGGUAUACUGGGAUCUGGAUUUGCUCUCAAAGUUCAACAGAAACAGCGUCAGAAGCAUUUCAGUCGGCAGAUACCUGCUGCUGCCUCCCUCAUUCAGACCUUAUGGCGAUGUUAUGCUGCAGAGAAAACCCAUAGUUCCACAGCUACUUGGAAGAUGUAUGUAAUGCCUCCUGAUUACAUUUCCAAAACAUCAGCAAUGCCAUCCAGCCCAAAUGUGAGGAAACAGGUGAAGAAAUAUAAAAGAAAAUGCAAAAUGGGACGUGAUAAUGAGACAGCUUUCAUGAUGAAUAUUGGAGAAAAUGCAUUAUCGGUACCACAGAUAACUUAUGACCAUAUUGAUGAAAAGGAUAACAAGAAAGAAGUCAAUUAUUUUAUUGAUGAGCCCACAGGUCUUACAAGGAUGUUUAGACAAUCUGGUCGACAGCUUUCCUGGUCUUCCUUAACCAUCUGUACCUCAAGCUGUCCCUCAUCACCAGUGAGAAAACGUGCUACUGAAGACAACCCAAAUGAUAUUUCACGGACCAACAGCUUUACUGACGAAAUGGAUUUGAUGGGUGAAGAAUCACCACUCCCUGUGGUGACAGAUGUAUUACAAAAUUCCAGCAGUUGCUUGACAAGUCCUUUGUAUGUAAGGGUCUUGGAAUCACAGGCAACAAGGCAACUCAAUUCAACAAGAUUAUCAGAAGCACACAGAGCUGCCAUAAAGGUGAUUCGACGAAUGCAAUAUUUUGUGGCGAGGAGAAAAUUUCAGCAAGCUCGAAAACCAUAUGAUGUGCGAGAUGUAAUUGAACAGUAUUCCCAGGGGCACUUGAAUAUGAUGGUCCGGAUCAAAGAACUACAAAGAAGGUUAGAUCAUUCUUUGGGAAAGCCUGCAUUUUUUCUUUCAGAAAAGGGACUAGACAAAGGUUACUACACUGCAGGAGCCAGACUGAUCCGUCUGGAAGAUAAGGUAAGUGAAUGA